UCAAUUUUUUGCAUUUUGGUCAACUGUUGGACUAGACUUUCCUUAAUGUUGUCUGCGCAGUUCCCUCCAAUUCAGCCAGGCAAAACAUCUCUGCUGCACUGUUUUGUCAACAAAAUGGUUUACAAGAAUAAAUCACAAAUUUUAAUCAACUUAAAUGCCCUUAAACUUAAAUGUUUAAAUGCUUCUGUGAUUACAGAUCCCAACAGGAGAGACAUUGUUUUUUUGCUUGAUGGUUCUGACAAUUCUGAACAGAGAUUCUCAGAUAUUAAGGACUUUGUCCAGAGAAUAGUGGCGGACCUAAACAUUGAUACAAACAAAGAUCGUGUGGCUGUGGUCCAGUACAGCAACACGGCAGAGGUUAAUUUCAACUUGAGACAGUACUCAGCAAUGGAUGAUGUUCUUGAUGCAGUAAGAGGCCUAAGUCACAAAGGAGGUUAUCCUCACAACAUUGGAGUGGCUCUUCAGUAUGUGAGGGACAAUGUAUUUACUUCUGAAUCAGGAAGCAGACUCCUUGAGGGAGUUCCACAGAUUCUCAUAGUACUAAGUGGUGAAAGAUCUGGAGACGACAUAAAAACUGCGGUCAGAAUGUUAAAAGAGAUUGGUGUCAUCUCAAUCGCCAUUGGAACAACUGACGCAGACACCAUAGAGCUUCAGACGAUAUCUCAUGAACCCAAUUAUGCACUCUCAAUUACUAAUUAUGAGGAGCUUUCUACUACUAAGCAGGAUGUGUCUUCAUUGUUAAGAGAGGCUUCCCACCACGUAAAGGAAACCACUCCUACAGCGAGUUUUGAUUCUAAGAAACAAGAUGUAGUUUUUCUGAUUGAUGGAUCAUAUGACUCACGAAAUGGCUUUGAAGAGAUACGAGGCUUUGUUGGAAAAAUUGUUGAAAGUUUAAGUCUAGGUGAAAACAGAGAUCAAGUUGCUGUUGUUCAAUACAGCCGUGAUGCCACACCCAAUUUCUACUUGAAUUCCUAUUCAUCCAAGAAUGAUGUGCUUAAUUCCAUUGGAACGAUGAGGCAUAAGUUGGGAAGACCUCUCAACAUUGGCAAAGCACUUGAGUUUGUCAGAGACAAUGUCUUUGCUGCUUCAGUUGGAGGAAGACGUGCUGAAUCAGUCCCUCAGUAUCUGUAUGUAUUUAGUGGUGGGAGAUCAGGGGAUGAUGUCAGAGGACCAGCGCAGUCACUCAAAGAAAAUGGAAUAAAGACUUUUAGUAUUGGAACAAAGAAUGCAGAUACAUUGGAAAUGCAAACCAUCUCUUUCACGCCAGCACAUUAUUUUUAUGUCACAAACUUUAACAGUCUCCAAAGUAUACAUCCAUCUCUGGAAGCCACAUUGAGAGGUGCUCAGGAAACAACUGAUUUUCCAAGUAUUGACACUUCCAUAAUUUCAGAAUUAAAACUCCAGAGUGCAGAUAUUGUUUUUCUCCUUGAUGGAUCUGAUAAUAUGAGAGCAAGUCAAAGACACAUUUUGGAUUUUGUCAGAGAGUUUGUCAAGCAAAUAGAAAUUGGGCCAAACAAAGUACAAAUUGCUUUGACUCAGUACAGCACAGAGCCCACUAUUGAUUUUCUCCUGAACACAUACUUCCUGAAAGAUGAUGUCUUAAGUCAUUUGAGCAUUGUGGAACUGAAAGGAGGGCUCUCUUUGAACACUGGUGUAGCCCUUGAUUAUGUGAAGAACAAUGUGUUCACUGCUUCAUCUGGAAGCAGAGCCCAGCUGGGAAUCCCACAGAUACUGAUUCUCAUAAGUGGGAGAAGGUCAGAAGAUGAUGUCCUAGGUCCAGUGGACAGGCUGAGAAAUGCCGGAAUUGUUCUUUACAACGUUGGAGUGUAUAAUGCAGACAGGUUGGAGAUGGAGCAAUUAGUAGACAAUCCUAGAGCCAGAUAUUUUAUCAAGGAGAAUUCUGACUUUCCACUUGUGAGGGAACAAUUGCUCUCAGUGAUUGCAUCUCACAAAGGCACUGUCCACCAUGGUAUAGGUUCAAGCUCAAGUAUCAAAAGAGAUAUUGUCUUUCUCAUUGAUGGAUCUGAUGAUGUCAGGAGUAGAUUCUCUGCUGUACGUGAAUUUGUUGCAAACAUGGUUGAAAGCUUUGACCUGGACAAAGGAAAAGAUAAGGUUGCUGUUGUACAGUAUAGCAACAAUGCUGAACUCAGUUUCAGUCUGAAUACCUAUAACUCAAAAGAUGAUGUUCUUAAGCACAUUGCGAGCCUAAAACUGAAAGGUGGAAGGCCUCAGUAUAUUGGAGCAGCACUGCAGUUUGUGAAGGAUAAUGUCUUUGUUUCAAAUGCUGGUGGUCGACAUAAUGAAGGUGCAAAGCAAAUGCUCAUUGUGUUGGCUGGAGGAAGAUCUAGAGAUUCUCCCCGAGGCCCAGCAAGUAUGCUCAAGGCUGCAGGGGUUGUCACAUUUGCAAUUGGAUCGAGAAUGUCAAAUUCAGCAGAGAUGCAAAUCAUUUCAUCUGAACAAAAUUAUGCUUACUCAGUCCCUGACUUUGUAAAUCUCCCACACAUUCAACAAAAUUUGAUGGGUCAUCUUACUCAAAUGGGAGUUAAGGAAGAAACUAAAGCAGGUAAGAAUGCAGAUUAAUUGUUUUUUUUUUUU